GCCCGCGCCGCCGCGAUGGCGGAGGACAGCGAGUCUGUGGCCAGCCAGCAGAGCCUGGAGCUGGACGACCAGGACACAUGCGGCGUAGACAGGGACAAUGAGGAGGAGACCGAGCACGCCAAAGGAAGUCCUGGAGGGGAUCUGGGAGUGAAAAAGAAAAAGAAGAAGCAGAAGGGAAAAAAGGAAAAGCCAAACUCGGGAGGCGCCAAGUCUGAUUCUGCAUCUGAUUCCCAGGAGAUUAAAAUCCAGCAGUCUUCAAAACACAACACCAUCUGGCCUCAGAUCUCAACAGGAGCAGCCAUGGGUGGUGAUACUAUGGAAGGUGAAUGGAUAGAUUUAAGAAUGUAUCAUAAGAGCCCCUCCAUCCCCAUUCAGAAGCUUCAGGAUAUCCAGAGAGCAAUGGAGCUGCUCUCCGUGUGCCAGAUCCCAGCCAGGAUCAUUGAUGAGGCCACCAAGCACAGAUACCAGUUCUGGGACACACAGCCGGUACCUAAACUGAAUGAAGUCAUAACAUCUCAUGGUGCAAUUGAACCAGACAAAGACAAUGUAUGCCAGGAACCAUAUUCUUUGCCACAAGGUUUUAUGUGGGAUACUUUAGACUUGAGUGAUGCCAGAGUGCUCAAGGAGCUGAACACGCUGUUAAAUGAGAAUUACGUGGAAGAUGAUGACAACAUGUUCCGCUUUGACUACUCGCCCGAGUUCCUGCUGUGGGCUCUGUGCCCCCCAGGCUGGCUCCUGCAGUGGCACUGUGGUGCCUGAGUGUCUUCAAAUAGAAAGCUAGUAGGUUUUAUAAGUGCCAUCCCAGCAAACAUCCGAAUUUAUGACUGUGUGAAGAAGAUGGUGGAAAUCAACUUCCUUUGUGCUCAUAAAAAACUGAGAACAAAGCGAGUAGCCCCAGUGUUAAUUUGAGAAAUCACUAGAAGAGUGAACUUGAAAGGAAUCUUUCAGGCUGUGUAUACUGCUGGAGUGGUUCUUCCUAAGCCUGUAGCCACAUGCAGAUACUGGCAUCGAUCUCUAAACCCAAAAAAAUUGGUAGAAGUGAAAUUUUCUCACUUGAGUAGAAAUAUGACCUUACAGAGAACAAUGAAGCUUUACAGACUUGCAGAUGUUACAAAGACCUCAGGUUUGAGAGCAAUGGAACCAAAAGAUGUCAAAGUUCAAGAACUGAUCAACAGUUACUUGAAGAAGUUUCACCUAGCUCCUUUGAUGGAUGAAGAGGAAGCAGCUCAUUGGUUCCUCCCUCGGGAACACAUUAUUGACACUUUUGUAGUGGAAAGUUCCAGCGGGAAGCUGACAGACUUCCUGAGCUUCUAUGCGCUCCCCUCCACAAUCAUGCACCACCCUGCCCACAAGAGCCUCAAGGCGGCCUACUCCUUCUACAACAUUCACACAGAGACAGCCCUGCUGGACCUCAUCAAUGAUGCCCUCAUCAUAGCCAAGUUGGAAGGAUUUGGUGUAUUCAAUGCACUAGAUUUGAUGGAAAACAAGACAUUCUUAGAAAAACUGAAGUUUGGCAUAGGAGAUGGGAAUGUGCAGUAUUAUUUGUACAAUUGGACAUGUCCAGGGACAGAUUCUGAAAAGGUUGGACUUGUACUACAAUAGAUGGAUGGAUAUGUCAAUUUCCAGAACUUUGAUAUUCUUGUUUGUUAAUGAUUAUUUAAUUAUUCCUGGAACUGCCAUUCCAAAGAAUACAAGCACAAAGUCAGGUGAAAAUGAAGUUGUUGCUAA